UCGCCUCGCAGAGCUGAGGAGUGAGGGGGAAGGCAGGCAGUGCUGGAGUUACUGUCACUUUGGCAUACAUUCAGAGAGGACAAUGUCCAGCGUGCCAGUGGCUGUGGUGACCGGCUCCAACAAAGGGAUCGGAUUUGCAAUUGUGAGGGCUCUAUGCAAGCAGUUCCCAGGGGACGUGUACCUGACAGCCCGAGACCCCGGCCGUGGCCAGGAAGCAGUGGCAAAGCUCCAGGAGGAAGGCCUGCAUCCACUCUUCCAUCAGCUGGAUAUCGAUGAUCUGCAGAGCAUCAGAGCUCUUCGUGACUUUCUAAAGGAGAAAUAUGGAGGGCUGAACGUGCUAGUUAACAAUGCAGGGAUCGCUUUCAAAGUUCGUGACACAACUCCAUUUGCGAUCCAAGCAGAGGUUACACUGAAGACAAACUUUUUUGGAACCAGGAAUGUUUGCACAGAAUUGUUGCCUCUUGUGAAGCCUUAUGGUAGAGUGGUGGAUGUCUCUAGUAUGGUAAGUAGCUCAGCUCUGGGAGGCUGCAGCCGAGAACUACAGCAGAAGUUUCGCAGCGACACAAUCACUGAGGAUGAGUUAGUGGAACUCAUGACCAAAUUUGUGGAAGAUACCAAGAAAAGUGUGCAUGAGAAAGAGGGUUGGCCAAAUACUGCCUAUGGGGUAUCCAAAAUUGGUGUCACAGUCUUGUCCAGGAUUCAAGCCCGGAUGUUAAAUGAGGAAAGAAAAGGUGACCACAUCCUUCUCAAUGCCUGCUGUCCUGGAUGGGUGAGAACAGACAUGGCAGGUCCUAAAGCCACUAAAUCGCCAGAUGAAGGGGCUGAGACCCCAGUUUAUCUGGCCCUUUUGCCUUCUGAUGCUGACGGUCCUCAUGGCCAGUUUCUUAGUAACAAAACUGUUCGAACCUGGUGAACUUAUGUAUGUGGACCCGUGCAAGCGGUAAUAUGACUGUGGAUUAGCCUGUGCCCUGGUAGGGCAUUUAGCCCAAGCAGUCUCAUCCUGUCCACAGCAGCAGCAGGGUCCUUUAUCAUUACAAUGAGGGUUACAGUUAUGGUACUCCUUUGGGAUUAAGUCUAUGCUAGGGUACACUUCCCAACAGUCUCCAUUGGCCUGCUCACGGCAUUGACUGUGUAGCCCAAAAUCUGAUUUAUGGGUGUUCCAGCCCAGAUGAUACAGGCUAAUUUGGUGUUGCCCUAAUGUAGAGGUGCCUGACCUUGCUUACCUGAAUUUACUCUUAAUUAAAUCAUUGCCAGCCCUUCUCCCACUCUCCCGAGACACAUCUCUUGACAUGGAGUUGGGAUGAGGAAGCAGAUGCCUUAUGGUUUCUCAGCACAAUAGGUCUUUCUAGGGAUCAUAGUUGCUUCUUGAGGUUGUGCAGGGUUUCUUAAAGGGGGAGGGGGUGGUUCUGAGAUCUACAGAUCUCAGUCUGACCAGUUUGGGGGGAUGCUAAUGGAACCAGAACAGAAUCACUGCUGUAUAGAUUCCUUAUUAUCAGUACAAAAUGGAAUUAGGUAAAAAUAAAAGUAGCAGUGACAUACCAUUAAUAGAACUUAAUCAGUUGGCUUUAUUAAUAUGUAUGUCAAUAAAUGAUUGCUUACUGAUUUGUGUUCAACCAACUAGCUUAUUCUGAUACUAAAAAUUUAUAAUGUUUGAAAAUACACUUUCAUUUUCUGCAGCUAAGUUUGUAGCUGGAAUGUGUAAUGUUUGGACUAUAUAAAGAGAAAAUAAACUACAGAACUGAUACA